CCGCUGAAAGCUCCCCACCCCAGAAAACACAACAUCCAAUCUUGUCAGCGUCAAUUAAUUCAGUCACAAUCACGAUUGUUCGCCUAAAUGUUGAUCAUAAGCUCCAUUUUUUGCCGGGAUUGAGUCCGAGUCGCACGCGUGUGCUUUCAGUCUGAAAAGUUUGGUGCAGUGUUGGCUUUUGGCAAGUUUCGGUAAGUUCGAUCAUUACAGGAUUGUUAAUUGAUUGGGAAAUUUAAUAUCAAUUAGAGGCCCUCUAGGUGUGCCCCAAGUGGGGCGUCCUCGCAAUGCCAAAUCUAAUGCAUCUCCUUCAGACGGCUAGAUCGUGGCGAAUCGACACCGAAGACCCGCAAAGACUCAGUCCCUCAACGCCCAUCAUCACAGUGCUCCCUUCUGUCGAAGUGCCCGAAAAGACCACCAUCUACCCUGAUGAAGUGAAGUGCGAAACGUCGCAGGACCGCACGCGUCGCGACACGCUCAAUUGGUUGAUGUCUUCGCUUCGUUCGAUCCUUCCUUCUUCCGGUCACAAGAGCGCCUCCGGAAGUCCGAGUGAAUUGCAAAACAUGCUGCCAUCUUCCGUCAAAGUGCACAGAUUGAGCAACGCCGGAAAACCUCCGGAGGAUAACGGCGGCAUCUGUCUCAUGACGGAGAGUCCUUUCCGGAUAUUGAGGGUGGCGGAAUGCGGCAACUUGGAGACUUUUCAGCGACUGUAUUUCGCUGAUCCGACCAGGCUUAGUAUUAAGGACAGCAGAGGCAGGACUGCAGCUCAUCAAGCAGCAGCAAAGAACAGAAUUACCAUUUUACAAUUUAUCUUGUCACAAGGAGGCGAUCUUAAUAAUCAGGAUAAUGCCGGGAAUACGCCUCUUCAUGUCGCUGUGGAACACGAGUCGUUGGAUGCGGUGGAUUUUCUCCUUCAAGCGGGCGUAAAGACGAAUAUAUUAAACGACAAGAAACAAGCCGCCAUCCAUUUGGUCACCGAGCUUAACAAGGUGUCCGUGCUGGAGGUCAUGGGCAAGCAUAAGGACAAGAUAGACAUCCUGCAAGGUGGGGAACAUGGCAGGACUGCUCUGCAUAUCGCUGCCAUUUACGACCACGAGGAGUGUGCCAGGAUAUUGAUCUCCGUCUUCGACGCGUGCCCUCGCCGCCCUUGCAACAACGGCUACUACCCUAUUCACGAAGCCGCCAAAAACGCCUCCUCUAAAACCCUCGAGAUUUUCCUACAGUGGGGUGAAUCACGCGGAUGUACACGUGAAGAAAUGAUUUCGUUUUACGACUCCGAAGGCAACGUUCCGUUACACUCUGCUGUUCACGGUGGAGAUAUCAAAGCAGUGGAAUUGUGUUUACGAUCAGGUGCAAAAAUAAGCACCCAACAACACGACCUCUCAACCCCUGUACACUUAGCGUGUGCUCAAGGAGCUACAGACAUCGUCAAACUCAUGUUCAAGAUGCAACCGGAAGAGAAAUUACCCUGUUUGGCAUCAUGUGACGUCCAGAAGAUGACCCCACUUCACUGUGCUGCCAUGUUCGACCAUCCUGAGAUCGUCGAGUUUUUGAUUAAUGAAGGCGCUGAUAUCAACCCGAUGGACAAGGAGAAGCGAUCACCUCUACUUCUAGCUGCACUCAGAGGGGGUUGGAGGACAGUUCAUGUGCUGAUUAGACUAGGGGCCGAUAUUAACGUUAAAGAUGUUAAUCGACGGAAUGUUUUACAUCUGGUGGUGAUGAAUGGAGGGCGGUUGGAACAAUUUGCGUCGGAAGUUAGCAAGGUAACGGCCAAAUCGCAAACGAGUCUCCUCCAACUGCUCAACGAAAAAGACAUUAACGGCUGUUCGCCUCUUCACUACGCCAGUAGAGAGGGCCAUAUCAGAAGUUUAGAAAAUUUGAUUCGACUUGGAGCCACCAUCAACCUCAAAAACAACAACAACGAAAGUCCUUUACAUUUUGCCGCUAGAUAUGGGCGCUACAACACAGUCCGCCAACUCCUGGACUCAGAAAAAGGCACUUUCAUAAUCAACGAAAGCGACGGCGAGGGUCUCACCCCCCUCCACAUCGCUUCCAAGCAAGGCCACACCCGCGUUGUCCAGCUCCUCCUCAACCGUGGCGCUCUUCUCCAUCGUGACCACAACGGACGCAACCCCCUCCACCUUGCUGCCAUGAACGGCUACACCCAAACCAUCGAGCUCCUCCUCUCUGUCCACUCCCACCUUCUGGACCAGACUGACAAAGACGGCAACACGGCCUUACAUUUAGCCACAAUGGAGAAUAAACCAAACGCUAUCGCUCUCCUUCUCUCAAUGAACUGCAAACUUUUGUACAACCAGAUGGAGAUGAGUGCCAUUGACUACGCCAUCUAUUACAAAUUUCCCGAAGCUGCCUUGGCCAUGGUCACGCAUGAGGACCGGGCCGAGGAAGUUAUGGCCUUAAAAUCGAGCAAACAUCCAUAUGUCACUCUUGCACUGAUUGCUUCGAUGCCACGAGUGUUUGAAGCUGUUCAAGACAAGUGUAUCACCAAAGCCAACUGCAAGAAGGACUCAAAGUCGUUCUAUAUUAAAUACAACUUUUCGGCCUUGCAAUGCUCACAGUUUUACGCCGAUAUGGACCAUAAGACAGGAGAUGCUCUUGCUAUUUCUAAACCUAUUCCUUUGCCGGCUUUAAACGCAAUGGUUUCGCACGGUAGAGUUGAACUGUUGGCCCACCCAUUGAGCCAAAAGUACCUCCAAAUGAAAUGGAACUCGUACGGAAAGUACUUCCAUCUAACUAACGUCCUAUUCUACAGUAUUUUCCUAACUUUUGUGACGUGUUUCGCGUACGAAAUCAUGCGACACGAGGAUCAAAUCAUAACUUACAAUGCCACCAACUUGACACAUGAUGAAUACGUUAAUUUUAGCAAAGCCAAUAUACUAAACGUCAAGAUAACACCAAUGAUGUACAUGAGUGCCCUUGCUAUCAUCACUUACAUUAUCUUGAACACCAUACGCGAAAUGGUUCAAGUGUACCAACAAAAGUUUAUGUAUUUCCUGGAUCCUAACAAUUUAGUGACUUGGGUACUUUAUACAUGUGCAGUAGUUAUGGUUUUUCCGAUUUUUUGGGGCACCAUGUACGAGCUCCAAUUCUCGUGUGCUUCAGUCACUGUUUUCCUGAGUUGGUUCAACCUUCUCCUCCUGUUGCAACGUUUCGACCAAGUGGGGAUUUACGUAGUUAUGUUUCUCGAGAUCUUGCAAACACUUAUAAAAGUACUCCUCGUGUUCUCCAUCCUGAUUAUUGCAUUUGGUCUUGCGUUCUAUAUUUUAUUGUCACGGGGUGACCAUCUUAGCUUCAAAACGAUACCAAUGAGUCUAGUUCGGACGUUUUCAAUGAUGUUGGGCGAGAUUGAUUUUUUGGGGACGUACGUCAAGCCGUACUACUUGACCACGGAAGACGAGAAGUCAUUUUUGCCCUUCCCCCUUCCUGCGUUUUUCAUUUUGGGGCUCUUUAUGGUGCUGAUGCCCAUCCUUUUGAUGAAUUUGCUCAUUGGUUUGGCCGUUGGUGACAUAGAAUCAGUCAGGAGGAACGCUCAGUUGAAACGAUUGGCAAUGCAGGUGGUUUUGCACACGGAACUCGAGCGCAAACUCCCUAAAAUGCUCCUGGAACGUGUUGACAAGUGCGAACUGAUCGAAUAUCCCAACGAUACCAAGUGCAAGCUGGGUUUCUUCGACUCCAUCUUGCGCAAAUGGUUCGGGAACCCGUUUUCGGACGAGGGGAGUCACCACAGACACAAGAUCACAGCAAGAUGGCGGCGUCAUGGUUUGGACAUGGCGAUGGAAGGUGUCGAGGAUUACGUUGUGAACGAACUCGACAAAACCAAGAGAAAGUUGAAGGAAAUAACCACAGCUUUGGAGACACAGCAGCAGUUUUUGAGGCUGAUUGUGCAAAAAAUGGAAAUUAAGACGGAAGCUGACGAUGUUGACGAGGGGGUUUCCCCAAAUGACCUUAAACCCAUCACGGGACAUGCGAGCAAGUGGACUUCGCCCAAAAUCAGGAAGAAGUUGCGGUCGGUGGUCAGUUUCAACAAUAAAGGCAGCAGCACUUAGGAUUAGUUUGAAGUAAUCAGCACUGUUGUUAGUUUUUGUUUUCUAAUAUUUUUAGCUGGAGUUUUUAAAGAAAGAGAGUUCAUAUUUUUCUAGGGGAAAAGACAACCGAAUUAUGACGUUCGUGUUAGAUGUUUUUAAUGUAUUAAUGAUCUUGUGGCCGAAAGUAUGAUUAUUUGAACAGUUGGGACCACUAGCUUCGCACUGAAGGAUGUUUUAAUUUAGUGGCUUUAUUACUUGUUUAUUCUCUGUCUUGUGUUAAUUUUCAACUAAUUUAUUUAUUGUUCUUCAGUUAAACACUACACUUAUAAAUGUGAUAAAAUGUAAUUUUCUUUACGAAAUAUAUGUUUACGUGUUUA